AUGUGGAAGGACUCCAGCAAUGAUGAUGCCAGGCCCUCCGGCGCCGGCUCUCAUCGCAGCACCAGUCGCAGGAAGAGAACUAGCUUCUCCAAGGACCACGUUGAGCUCCUGCGCGUCACCUUCGAGACCGACCCGUACCCGGGCAUCAGCCUCAGAGAGAGCCUGUCCAAGACCACGGGCCUGCCGGAGUCACGCAUCCAGGUGUGGUUUCAGAACAGAAGAGCUCGCACCCUGAAGUGCAAAGGAGCCAAGAAAGCUCUGUGGCAGUCUGACAGCCCAGCACGUGACGCCCUGUCUCCACCCCAUGUUGUCGCCGGCAUGGGCCCGCAGGUCGGCUCCGUCCAUCUGCCGCCUCAGGGCCCUCCGCCGGCCUACCCGACCCAGGUGAAGGAGGAGAUGGAGGUGGCCUGCUACUACGGACAGCGCCCCCCAGCCUACUCCACCAUUGAGGAGCACGGACACUACGGCUCCAUGUACGGGCUUCAGCAGGGUAGACCGCUGGGAUGCGGCUCCAGCACGCCGUUGAGGGGCUUCUGGUCCCAGCCAGGCAGCCAAACCUCCCCAGUCCCACCCCAGUGGUGCCACUCUCCCCUGGAAAUGAGAAGCUACGGAUCCAGCUACAGCCAGGCAGCAAUCGUGUAUCCGGGAUCAGCGGAGCAGCAGAUGUACAUGCCCUGCUCCACCUCCCACGCCUCGACUCCAGACACCCCGGAUUCUGGAUACUGGGAUGCCAGUCUGGAGAGCAGUCCACCAGUGGAAAGUCACUACUCGCAGCUGGAGCACUCGUGGAGCAGGGCCGCUCUGGAAGGCUGCAGGGAGUCCGUGCGCCCGGCACGGGUCCGGUGUGCACCCCUGCCCGAGCUGUCCCUGCUGGAGAUUCUGGGGGAGCUACAUGAAGACUGGUUGGGAGGAGAGGGACUGGACAUCCAUGCUACUGGGGAUAAAAUGCCUUUCUGA